UGUUCAGGAACAUGGGAACAUGUUGAUAUUAUUAUUAUUAUCUUUUAUUCAUUAGACAUGAACCUCAGUCAACUGAACAUUCAAAUUGGCUGGCACUGAUGGUUGACACGGGUUGCUACCAGCAUCCUAGUUCAGGACGCUUCCUGUUGACUGGAGUCAUAAAUACCCCCCAGCAGCUGCUUUUGCAGCAUUUUAGGAAAGAAAAGAAAAAAGCAGAAUAAAGAAAAACAUCAGAAAAGAGACAGAUGCGGACCAUCCUUCUCGUGCGCAUCGGCCUUUUGCUUUCCAUCUAUCUGUUGCACAGAUGUGAUGCUGAAACGGAAAUCUGCCCGCCGGGAUGGAUGACCUCCAGGGGAGCGUGCUAUUCAAUCUUCUGCGAGAAGCGGACGUGGGCAGAGGCAGAGAAAGACUGCCGUAAGCACGGUACGCGUGCCCACCUGGCCUCCAUUCUUGAUGAAAAGGAAACAACGGCCGUGUCCGACUACAUUGUCUCAUUGCUAAUUAAGAACUUGGGACCCGUUUGGAUCGGAAUGUUUUACAAGGGAAAGAACUGGCCCCAGGAAGAUUGGUGGUGGAUAGACGCCUACAAAGUUGUUUACCACAACUGGGCCCGAGCGUUACCUGAAGUGUCGGAAGACAAGAAGUACUGCAUCUACUUAAUGGGAAACG